UCAAUUGAAGGAAGUGGAAGUGACAACUCUAUUAUUUCAUAAACAACUAACAAAAAUGCUUAAAAUGAAACUAUCAACUCUGCUGUGCCUUAUGCUUACCGCUCAACACACUGUUGAGGCAGGUUAUAUAGACGCACCACAUGUUUUUAACGAAGCACCGAAUGGUGUAGUCUUUGCCACGCCCAUACCAUGUGACACACCGCCUUUGCAGGGUUAUGGCGGUGCUGCCUUCGCCAAGCCUGUCGUAUACGCUUCUUACCCCGUGAAUUAUGCGCAAGUGCCACAGUUCAACUAUGGGGCACCCGCGCCUUCGUUUGUGAAAUAUGCAGCUCAGCCACAUGUAAAAGCCACCGCCGGCUUGCCUGUAACUACUACAUAUACGACUGCUAUUGGCUUCUCAGCUCCGCAGGUGCCAAAUAUCGGUUCACCGUUGGCAUUUCCAGCAGCACCUAUAGCAACCACAUUUGCGGCGCCAAAUACAGCUUAUGGUGCUCCGGUGGCAUAUGCUGCUCCACCAUCUUUCUUAGGUUCAGCAAGGUAUGCCGCACCCACAGUGCUCUCCACAGGAUCUCUGUUUAAGAAAUUUCGCGCCCCCCUGCCGUUGGGCGGAUACUCAUACGCCCAGGGUGUGCCAAACGGGGCGUGGUAAGGGAAGUGUGGAUUACAAAGCUUAAGUGUAAAUAAUAUUAACUAAAAUAUAU